AUGUCUCCCCAGUCUGCAAAAAGUAAGGGCAAGGCGAGGGCGGUUGACUCGGAGCCCGCAAUACCAUCUUCCGCAACCCCCGAUGCUUUGGAGGGCAACCUUCGAUACAUUCACCAUUGGGUGGAGGGUCUGUACAACCGACUCGUCGCCCGGUUUACUGACGAGGCCCAAAUGUGGCAAGAAUUUGCGGAUCAUGCCGCACUUUUGAACGAUCUACGGAAUCAACUGAAUCGCUUCCAAGGCAAAAGCUGGGUCAUCCCCGGCCUCCAACUAAUAGCUUCGGUCUCUUCUCUUGCCGACGAAUGGGGAGUUCCAAUGGCCAAUUGGCGUAUGGGACCUACGGAAUCUGCCAGUUUACUGGAACUUUUUGGCACUUUUAACUUCGAUAACGAACCCCCGGUUCAGUACAUGCCAGAUGCGCCGCGUCCGGAAAUGCUUUCUUCACUGCCUUCCCAAGUUCAUUCUCGGGCUGCUAUUUCUUCUGCGGUUGCGGGUCCGUCCCGUGCCGUAGACUCUUCUAACGCGGCUGCUGGUUGUUCUAACCCCUUGUCAAAACGCAAGGCUCCUGAAUCACCUAUGGUAGAGUCUUCGAGGCCCAAGCGAUCAAAAAUCGUCAAGGCUUCUGCUAACAGGGUAACCUUUGCAGAAUCGUCAGACGAAGAGGCUUCUGAGCCUCCCAAAUUCUAUCGCACUCGAUCUCGUGCUAGACAGGCACCCGUAGCUACCUCUGAAUCAGAGGCCGCAGCUACUGACCGGCCCUCCAGGCAGAAGUCUAGCAAGACCAAUAAAAGGAAAGGGAAGGCUAAGCGAUCUACAGAGAACACUGAAGUCUCUGUAGAUGAGCUGUGGACUUCUGGAGCCCGCUCCCAUGUGUUUCCCGAGGAAUGGGUUGGAGCUGCUCGUACUAUGGAACUUCAAUUCGAUCUUGGUGAGGCUAAGCUAAGCCUUGAAUCAAUUUUGAAAGCGGGUCGAUCUGUAGCUUUCUUUAACCAUUUCACUCCUUGCGGUCGCUGCACUUAUUUCGGCUACACAGACUGUAAACCCAUCUGGGCUGCCAGUGGUAAGACUGGCCGUAGGCCAACCUGUGCGCGUUGUUUCUCUGGGAAACAGAAGUGUUCAUACUUCGAUCCUGAUGAUUCCCGAUCUGGUCUCAAGAAACUUGAAGCUGCUUCAAGUAAUCAUCAUCUUUUGGCUAAGAUUGCGUUACGGCUCCAUCGCGAGCUACAAGCCUACGAUGAUCUCCGUAUUGCUCAAAUGGCCGCGUACAAGGCUUCCCGGUCCGUUUGGGAGAACAUUCAAGAAAGCCAACGGAUGCUACGGGCAGCUGGAAGGGAUCCAGUUGAAGUCUUCAAAGGUCUUAGUGACGAUGAAGACUUCCAAAUGACCCCUUCCCAAGUUAAAGCCCUUGGCGAAGCUCUUGGCUGGUCACUUUCUGGUUCUGCGACUGAAGAGGUCGAGGAGAAUGCUCCUCCCUCUAUUCCCUUGCUGUCCAGUUCUAUUAACCCACCAGCUCCCAUAGCUGGUUCUGGAAUUUUCGAGAAGGUUAGCGAGGCAGAAGAGGAGGGGGACGAUGAAGACUCAUCAGACUCUUCAUCGGGCCCUUCUUCUCCUUCUGCUAAUGCUGUAUCCGCCGUAGCAGAGUCUGCUACAGUCCAGGAGGAGGCUGAGGUUCCUCAAGCUCUGAGAUCCGACGUGGAGGUCACUGUUAAGGACCUAAUCGAUGAUGAGGCUGAGGAAGCUAGUACCGAGGAUUCAAGCGAUGGGGAAGAGACUAACGAGGAAAAAGCAGAAGAUUGGGAAAUUUCCACUUCUGACCUUGAAGGUCUUUCUCCCGUAGCUCGGGCCGUUAUGGAAAAGCUGGCACGGGAACGACUGGCCUACGAAAAGGCGUUUGGUCGUCCAAUGUAUCGCAAACGAGCGUAG